GACUUAAAAAAUAAUAAAUAAAAAUUGAACACUUUUUUGAACACUUUUUUUAAAUCAGUGAAUUUGAGUGACAAUUUAAAAUGGAUCGUGGUUUAACAUCAUCCUUAAAAUCAACGCCAUUUUCAAUAAAUGAUAUUCUCACAAAAAACAAUACGACAAUAUUUCGUCGUUGUGAUUCGUCUGGACAUUUGUCGCCGAUUGAAGGAAAAUCGAUGCAUGAAAGUGAAUGUGAUGAGCCGUCGGACGAGCUCUCCCAACAUCUUGCCAAUUCAAUGAGAUUUUUCAAAUAUUCACCGCCAAACUACGAACACGAUGGCAAUAUUGAUCAAUCGCCAUUGCGUCACUCUGCGCACAGUUACUUAUUUAAUAAUAACAAUAGUCAAAAAGUGCACAGUGCUAAUGAUGUAAGGCAUAAGCGUGGCUCGACGUCGGAAAAACCACCAAAAUCAAUCAAAUAUUACAAUUUUCCAUUAAUGUUUGAGCGACCGAUAGACAUGAGACGGUGCGCCGAUGGCGACGAUUCAGAUUGUGACUCACUUCCGCCAAUGAAAACCCAUUCGCCAUAUGAACAUCCAAACAAUAAUAAUAAUUCAAUGCGGCGAUCGCCACCAAUCAAUGGUGAUGAUACAACGACGUUAAAACGGAAAAAGCGAUCGCGAGCCGCAUUUAGCCAUGCUCAGGUGUUUGAGCUCGAACGACGAUUUGCACAGCAACGCUAUUUAUCCGGACCGGAACGAUCUGAUUUAGCCAAAUCUUUACGUUUGACAGAGACACAAGUAAAAAUUUGGUUUCAAAAUCGACGAUAUAAAACCAAACGAAAACAGAUUCAACAGCACGAAGUGGCCGUUUUGAAUGCAACUAAACGGGUUCCAGUGCAAAUACUUGUCCGUGAAGAUGGUUCUUAUGGUCAUAUGCUAAUGCCAUCGAAUGGUUCACCCUCAACGGCAGUUAGUAACGGAUCAUCAAACACAACCGCUGCCGCACUCGCUGCAGCUGCAGCACACUACGGCAACAAUAUUGACCAUCCAACCCUUUUGAAUAUGUAUCGCCAUCAAAUUCAAUUGGCCUACGGCAAUAUGGUGCCGAUGCACGUACCAUUUCCAUACUUUUACUCACCAAAUGGAACAAAAACACCACACUUUCCAGCUACACUACCAAAUUCAUCAAUGCAAAUGAGCAACAGUGAUGGCAAAACAAAUGUAAGGAAUAGCACAACGUCACCAGAAAAUUCCUCAUCCCCAAUCAACUUUUCCUCUCGACUUCAAAACACAUUGAAUGCAAGCCGUUCGAGAUCAAUGUCGACGGAGGAAAAAAGCCGCAUUGAUCAUGAUGAAGAAAAUGUUGAAGUCGAUUAACCCGUUAUUGGGUAAAUUUUUAUUUAAUUUCGAAGCAAAUUGUAGG